AUGCGAGCGCGACGCAUCUUCACACAGACCUCCUCGAAAACAUCCCCGACGACUAGAAGCGCGCGAGUGGUGGUGAACAACAACGGGACGAAGCGGAUUCUUUUUAACGAGCACGAUACUAAGUAUAACACUACGACUUCUCGGUUUUCGUCCUCCGUCUCCUCCUCGGUGUCUCGAGAUUUCGCGCGACGACACCAAUCGUCGUCGUCAUCAUCAUCAUCAUCAUCAUCAUCAUCAUCAUCAUCAUCGCGAAUGAGAGGAGUAAGAGGAAGAGGAGUGAAAGUGCACGCUCGAAUCGCUGGAGGAGGUGCGAGCAGUCUUUUGGAUGCGGCACAGAUGACGACGAAAGCGGCGGAAGCGAUUUUAGACGUCUCUAAAACCGUACGAAUGAAAGGAAUCGAGGCACCGGCGAAUGAGAAAUCGUACGUCGCGUUGGACUCGGAAAACGCAGGUUUGGUGGACGACGACGGGUUACCGCUCGUGUAUUCUCCGGAGGCGAUUCAGACGUAUUGGAAGAAGCAAGGCGGCGCGUUGCAACAACGUUGGCUGGAGUUUUUGAAAGAAUCGGUACCGUUUUUGACUCGAGUCGCGAGUUUGUCCUUGCAAGGCGGGAGCGAGGAAUUGACCAAGAACGGCGCGUCGUUGGCGAAAGACGCGAGAGAAAUCAUCCAACGGUUAGGCCCGACGUAUAUUAAAGCUGGACAGAUGAUGAGCGUCAGACCGGACGUGUUGCCGCAAGCGGCAUUGAACGAGUUGGCGAUUUUACAGGAUUCCGUAAAACCGUUCGCGACGACGGAUGCGAUUUCAAUCAUCGAGAAAGAGUUAGGGGCACCGUUGGGGGAAUUUUUCGAGGAGAUUAGCGAACAGCCAGUUGCCGCGGCGAGUUUAGCGCAGGUGUAUCGCGCCAAGUUGAAAAGUACCGGCGAGUUCGUCGCGGUGAAGGUGCAACGACCGGGUAUUUUAGCCACAGUUUCGAAAGAUUUGUACGUCUUAAGACGCGCGGCGGAGGUGUAUCAAGGCAUCAUCGAACGGUUUGCGCCUCAGCAACGCACGGAUUACGUCGCGUUGUUGAACGAGUGGGCGAUUGGUUUUUACACCGAGUUGGACUUUUUGAACGAAGCCAGGAAUCAAGACACGCUGAGAAAACUAUUGAUGGAACAAGAGAAAGUGGCGGACGUGUACGUCCCGGAGGUGAACUUUGAGUUGACAACGCGAAGAGUUCUCGUCAGCGAAUGGAUCGAUGGCGUGAAAUUGAGCGAAUGCGAACCGUCGGAAAUUCGGGAAUUAGUCGGCGUCGGGCAAGAGUGCUUUCUCGUGCAACUCUUACAGGUUGGUUUUUUCCACUCGGAUCCGCACCCUGGAAACUUGAUGCGCAUGAACGACGCGUCCAAAGGGAAACUGUGUAUUUUAGAUUUCGGUUUAGUUGCCAGAAUUAACGAGGAAGAUCAAGAUGCGAUGGUAAACUCCAUCGUACACUUGGCGAACAAAGAUUACGCGGCGUUGGUGGACGAUUUCAUCGAUUUGAAAAUUUUACCGGACGAUUGCGACCGAGCAAAAGUGGUGCCGUUGAUGGAUAAAGCGUUGAGUCCGUACGUGAAAGGCGGCGGUGCGAAAAACUACGAAGCUGAAUUGAAGAGAAUGUACAACAUGGAUGGGUCUUUAUCGAGCACGGCGGGCGGGUUCCAAGCGAUGACGCAAGAUUUGCUGACCGUUUUGAACGAUAUUCCGUUUUCGAUUCCUCCGUACUUUGCGUUGUUAGGACGAGCCGUGGUGACUUUAGAAGGCAUCGCGUUGCUCGGUAAUCCAGAUUAUAAGUUGGUCAUGGAAGCGUACCCGUUUGUGGCGAGAAAGUUGUUGUCCGACGAUAGACCGGCGGCGCAGAGAGCGUUGCAAGAAGUUUUGUACGCGUCAACGUCCGCCGGCGGGUCUAUUUUGAAAGGCGAACGAUUAGCGGUCAUGUUAAACUCGGCGAUGGGUAUCGUCGCGGAAACUUCGGAUACGUUUGUGGAUUUAGAAACGUUGCCGGAAGAUGCGGCGAGCUUGAAGCAGUCUCUGAAAUACGUGUUGACUCCACGAGCGGAAUCUUUGAGAAAAGUUUUAGUGAAAGAAGCCAUCGCGGCGGCGGAUGUUUUAGCGCGACAAGCCUUGAGGAAAACCGUGACGAGAGCGUUCGCGCUCAUCCCGCGACCGCCGUCGUGGUUACCGUUUCAACCACCGAACCCGGAAGAUAUUGAAGGUCCGAUCCUGUUGCCGUCGAGAGGUAACUCCACUCCGGUUCCGGCGUUUGCCUCGCCGAGACGAGUGUUGGACUUGACGGCGCCGAAAUUGACCAGAGAAGAAGAACUAUUUGCGAUUUCGUUGGGUGAUUUAGUUGGUGGCUUAGUCGGAAAAAACGCGGCGACCGUUUUAACCGGCGACGCGUUGUUGGAACCCGACGCCGUGGCGGGAUUAUUGUUGGGCAUCUUAGCGAGCGGGAGAACGCCGCUCGGAAACGACGAACGCAUCUUGUCGCUCGCGAAGAGCACGCAAAAGCAGUUGCAAGUAGCUGAAACGACGAGUUACGACGGCGAUGGACCGAACGACGACGGUGGUUUCGACGAAUUAUUGGACGCCGUUAACGAUUUAACGCCGGAAGAAAAUGCGGUAUUGCAAGCGUGCGGACAAGAAGUCGUCGACGCGCUUUGGAAUCGCUUAGUCGAGCGCUUGUCCCCGAUCGCAGGGACGAGCGGGGUUGGUUCGUCUGAACUCGAUUUAGCUGCCGCGAGCACGCGAUAA